UGGUGGUUAAGUUAAAAUGAAUCAUCUGGCAAAUAGAAUGGCUACAACUUGGCAUUACAGCAGAAGGAAAUAAAUGUUCAAGGACAAAACAGGGCUGAGCAUGUUUCAUUUUUUCCAACUUGAGAAGUAAAGAAAGACCAAAGUAUGAAGUGUUGACACAACUAUUUCGAGUCUCUUUCCCCUGAUGAGAAGAUGGGGUUAACUCAAGUCUGUGUCUCCUGCCACAACUAUAGACAAACUCUCCUAUGCCUCAUUCUCUUUGCUAUUCUAUUCACGGCCAAAGCAAGAGCAAGAGCAGUUUCUUCCAGUCUUAUAGAACCUGCUGAGAAGGACAUGAAAAAGCCGGAACCGAUGAUGAUGGAAAAAUCUCAGAUAGGUUCUAGGCCUCCCAAGUGUGAAAGAAGAUGCAGUACUUGUGAGCACUGUGAAGCAGUUCAAGUACCUGUUGCACCUCAAAUUCAAACUCAUAGAAGUCAUUAUUCACCAGCAAAAGCAACCACGCUUGUUUCUUACUCAUCAAGAGGUGAUGACCUUUCAAAUUACAAACCAAUGAGUUGGAAAUGCAAGUGUGGGGAUUACCUUUUCAAUCCAUGACCUAAAGGGGCUUCUGAAUCAAAUCAACAAUUCAAAAUGUGUAUGAUUUCAAUUAUUUACAUACCAAUUCCUCUUCAUGCUUCCGCACCUUGUAUAUUGUAGAUAUUUGGCAAUUAUAGUCCAUAUUUCUGUCUUCCUUUUGCUUAAACCACUUUUUUUCUUGUUUUUAUUUCUGCUUACAAUGAAAAGCUUUUGUAACUAAGGGUUUACUUUUUCUACUCAGACAAUACCAGCAUUUGGUAUAAACCUCUGGGUAUAUCUUCUCCCUGCAAGUAUAUACUUUCCUUUUAUGCUGCUAUAGAAUAGAAAAAUGAGAUAACAAGAGAAAAUGCAUGGUGGGUUGGUAGAUCCAUUGCAAAAACUAGAUAAGAAGAUGAAGGGGGAAGAGAAGUAGUGUGUCAGAGGGUCUUGUUUUCGUAUGCUACAAGAUUAAGAUAUUUUCAGCAUCAGAAUUCAGAGAGGGUGAGCUAAUACCACCCACCUCGAAGUGAUAAAAGCAUUAAUCAAUACAUAACACACAUCCAUAUAUCUGCCAACCUAGGGAUCUCACUUAUUAGCAUAGUAGUAGUAUUUUUUUUCCCUUUCUGUUUUAGUUCAGCUGACACAAAUAUUUCAGUGAUGAAAUGAAAUUGUGACACCUUCUGCAGUGCAGGGUUGUGUUGUGUGUGUGUAUGGCGCAUUAAUUAUGUGUUGAAUGAAAGUGGCAUUUGGUCCAUUGAAUUGAAGAAGAUGCUGUGAUGUUGUUAAUGGGAACACAACAUUGAUGUAUGAUGAACAUUGAGUAAAUUUUUGUGAGUGAGUUGCAUUGAUUUAUGAGUUUGGUUAUCUCUUUUGUUGCAGACACUGAAGCCUGGUAUUUAAUGAGAGUAUUAUUCGCUGCUUGCACUGUACCUUCUAUGACCAUUCACCAUCUUUUAUUCAUCUCUCAUCACUAGCUCCUCAAUUCAAACUUCAAACUUCAAACUUCAUACAAAACAAAAAAACAUUGUAUCAUGGAAUCAAAAUUUAUCAUGAUUUCUAACACAUUCUCUUGAGUGGACAUUACUGUCAC